GACGGUCGGGCUCACGGCAAUUCAGUUCAAUCAUGUCAUUUUGGUUUGAAUUCUCCGCUCGGCGAAGCAUGACUUCAGGCAUGCGUCGAUAUGAAGCAUUCAACACCGACAUGCCCCUGCAUGAUGCCUUCAAAAUGGCUUGAGCAGUCGGUGACAGCGCUUCUUCCAAUUGAUGGGCAAGAGAAGGAGAGGCGCAACAGCCGUGCGGCAGCGAAUCUCCACGAUGGUGCUUCCAUGUCAACCCUGGAGAUGUUCCAUCUCAGGCCUGGCAUGGACAGCCCUCCGGCCUUGCCAGCCAUGCGCUUGUCUUCACCGGAGAGCAACCGUGGCAGCGCCGCAGCCACCGGGUCACGGAGUGGCUCCGCCACGCCGCACAGCUCGGUGGGACCGCUGCCGGGCGGACGCUUGAGGCAAGCCGCAGCAGGCAGAGAUGAGGUUAGAUUGAACAUUGGAGAAGGGCCCUACCGAUAGAGUUUCACUGCAGCUCUUAGCUGUCUUUGUACCGAUUGUGUUAUGUUUUAAGCGCAAUUCAGUGAUCGACCGUAGAUGGAGAAGCCACUUAAGAGAAGUUACGCAUCAGCG